AUGUCUACCAAAGUUGCAGUUGCUGGAGGGACCGGAAACCUUGGAUCUCCCGUCGUCGGUGCCCUGUUGGCAGCUAACUAUUCCGUCACUGUCCUCACACGAACGGGAAGCACCAGCACCUCGAAGCUCCCCAAGAGCCCACGGUUGAAGGUCACCGAGGUGGACUAUUCCUCGGUGGCCUCUCUGACCGAAGCACUGAAAGGCCAGGACGUGGUCGUGUCGACCCUGGCCUCCGAGUCAACCGGCAGCCAGAACCCUCUCAUCGACGCCGCGGUCGCCGCCGGGGUCAAGCGGUUCAUCCCCUCGGAAUUUGGAAGCGACACGACCCACCCGAAAUCGUCCCAGUUGCCGAUCUACAAGCACAAGGUCGACACUCAACGAUACCUCAAGGCCAAGGCGGCCGAGAAUCCCGGCUUCACCUACACCUUGGUCCUCAACGGCGCCUUCUUGUCGUGGGGGGUCCAGGUGGGAUUCAUCGUCAACGUCCAAAACCACUCUGCCACGGUGUGGAACGGCGGCGACGUACCUUUCUCGGCCACCAACCUCGAAACCAUCGGCAAGGCCGUCGUCGGUGUGAUCAAACACCUUCCGGAGACGGCGAACCGUCCCGUGUACGUGCAGGAAGCCCUCAUCACCCAAAACCAGUUGAUCAAGUACGCCAGGGAAAAGGACGGCGUCGAAUGGCAGAUCACCCCCAAGGAGACGGCAAGGGCGUAUGAAGAAGCCAUGGCCGAACUCGCCAAAGGUCCAGAUGCCGACAUUGGAUCGGCCAUGGUGGGAUCCCUCAUGAGCGCAAUCUUCGAUUCCAGUUACGGCCCGGACUUUUCGUCCCACCUGGACAACGAACUGUUGGGCAUCAAGGGGAUGACGGACGCCGACGUCAAACAGAUGGUUGAGAACCUCAUGGGGUCAUCAGGUUCUUCCUUGUAG